GCAGCCGCCGCCGCCUUCCUCGGCGGCGGCGCUGCCGCGCGGGGGGCGCCGCUGCGGUGCGUGGCGCUGCCAGGACCGGGGCCAGCGGCGCCACCACACUGGAUGCCGAUCUCGCGGCCCUGCCGCGCCGCUGCGACGGCCUUCCCCCCGCGGGCGCGGGGCGCGCCGCGGGAGCCUGGCGCAGACGCCCUCCUCGGGGGGCCCCGGGGGCGGCCGCGGGGAGGGGGCUGGCGCCGGGCGGCCCGCCUCGCGGCGCCGCGGCGACGGCCUUCGGGCUGCGCGCCUUGGACGAGCUGAAGGAGCUCGGCGCAGACAUCACCCAGGCCGUUUCCGAGGCGGAGGGCAUGGACGAAGAGGCCUCGUGGGUGCAGGCGAGGCCC